AUGGGCUCAUUGUUCAGCCACGCGGGUAUCGAUAUCGAUGAUGUACCGCUCACGUCGACACAGCUUGCUGCUGCCCUUGUAUGCGGGCUUGGGGCGUUCAUCAUAGGCAGGUGGUAUAGGGAUCUCCAGUAUUUGGACUUCCUACCGGGCUACCGCCAGCUCUUCUGCCCCAUGUCAGCUUUGGGAGCCACACUCCCGAGUUCGAGCUGGAACCUUGGCUUGGAUUGGUACUGGCAGUUCAGGGAGACUUCCUACUUCAACAAAGAGCACGACAUCGUAUCUAUUGUCCCAAUUCUAUCUGGCCCCUCUUUCUAUGCCGUUGGUUCGUGGGAGGUGGCAACGCAGCUUCUUUCGCUGCCGAAGCCGAAGGAGUAUAACAUUGUCUUCAGUAUCUGGGGUGACAAUAUGUUCACUGUGAGUGGUGAUGAUUGGAAGAGACAUCGGAGGGUUGUAGCGCCUGCUUUUAAUAAUUCCCUAUACUCCCUCGUAGUUGAGGAAACUACCGCACUCUACAGGGAGAUCCUCCAUGAGGAAAAAUGGGAGGACGCUUCUUCGGUGGUAGCACCCGACUUUCGUCGUAUCACUCGAGACCUCGCCUUCUUGAUCAUCGCGAAAUGCGGCUUCGGAUUCGACAUGACCUGGAAAGGGUUCAAACCAGGAGGAGAAGGCGCAGGCGACGGCUGUAUGGACGUCCAACAGGCGUUAUACUACGCGACUGACAUCUGGAACGUCAUCAAGAGGAUGUUCGUACCCAAGUGGGCUUACUAUCUCCCGAUUCCGAGUUUGCGCAAGUUGGAUAACACCUGGAAGGCGUUGGAUGCCUACCUCCACCAAACCGCGGCUUCUCGAUCUGAGAAGGUCGUCGAUGAUCCGGAGGCUGCCUCAGACUUUUCGCGGUCGUCUUCAAGUGAUGUCUUCACUAGGUUGGUCAAGUCGGUUGUGGGCCUCGGAAAGCUGAGUCUUUCCGAACAGGAACUGAUCGGAAAUGUGUUUAUGUUGAUGAAUGCUGGUCACGAUACAACUGGUAUGACGCUGUGCGAGACUGUUGCACUGCUCGCACUUCACCAAGAGGAGCAACAGAAGGUAUACGAGGAGAUCUGUGCCGUGCUUGGAGACCAAGAGCCCACGGAAGCACUCUUGAAGCAAUUGUCCUAUACUUGGGCUUGCGUUCUGGAGGCCACGCGCAUGUACUCGCCUGCUUCGUCGCUCACCCGCAUUCUUCCUGAAGACAAAGUCGUCAAAGUCCAGCGUCCCUCUCCCAAAGAGAUCGUCCUGAAGAAAGGAACUCUCGUCAUCAUCGAUACCGUCAGCAUCCACCUCAACCCGCACACCUUCCCCGACCCCCUAAAAUACAAACCAUCCAGAUGGAUCGGUGUGCCCGAAAGCCAGGUAACAGUAUUCGGAACGGGACCGCGGGCCUGCAUCGGGCGCAAAUUCGCACAACUCGAGUCGCUCGCGUUCCUCGCGCUUUUGCUGCGCGAGUGGCGUGUGGAUUUGGCGCUUAACCUUGACUCGGAGGGCCCGGAGGAGACGAGGGAGGAGUAUGUUGAGCGUGUGUUUGGGAAGGCGGGGUUGAAUGGGUUUGUGUUUGGGAUUAAGAGUAGGAUUCCUAUUCGCUUGACUCGGCGACGUUAG